UUCGUGACGUCACGUCCCAUAGAUACUGAAAGAGUCAAAAUGGCGGUCGAGGUGGUUGGCGACUUCGAGCUGGAGAAAAUAAGAGCGGAGAUUAAACAGGAAAAACAAAUGAAGGAGAUGCUAGAACAGUCCUCAUCUGAGCUGCGGUAUACAAUUGAGGAAUUGGAGAAACGCUAUGAUGGUGUCGUUGAUGAGGGAAAUGAAUGGAAGACCCGAUGUGAAACACAACAGGAGAUGAACGACCAGCUAGACAAACAGAUUUUUAUGUUACAAAGUAAAGUACAGGAAGCUAAGAGUAACCUUAAAGAUGUUCCUAUUGCCAAAGCUGGGUCUUUCAUAGCCAGUAGUGAUCACGUCAGUAGUAAAAGCCUGGAUAAUUCUUAUAUGAGUUUUGUGGCAUCAGAUUCUAUUCCAAGUACAGCCAAGACAAAGCCAACGGGGAUCACUAUUAACAUAGCAAUAGCCAGUCCACGUCAAGCUGGAAAGUCGACGAAAGACAUGAAGAACUUUGAUGAUCUGUCGGACGCUACUCCGCAUAUGGUCCGAAUGUUGGAGAAGGAAAAGAACAUGCUACACAACCAGAUGCGGGACAUCGAAUGGAGACUUGACCAGGAAUCCAAGGCGUAUCACAAAGCACACGAAGAAAGAAAGACCUACUCAACAGAGAUCCACGCUGCUGCUACUAGGAACAGACUACCAAUAACACACAGAGAAUUGGAGCCAAUCCCGGGCUCACGAACACCAAGAGACAUGGGCCGUUUAAGGUGCUCACAUAUCGACAAUUGGUCAAAGAAAAAUAAAAACCACCCUCCUAUACACAUGCGUCGACCUCGGUACAUGGAUCCCACGUGGAACAGUUUUACACGAAAUAGUAAUAUUCCGGAAGAUCAGCGGAUUUUAGACCCUAAGCGAGGACCGAUCAGGAAAACUGCUGCCGUUAAAAGCCUUCCAAGUCUUGAAAUGACAUAAUGCAUGUACGCGAAACAACAAACCACAUACUUAACGCAGAGACUUUGUAUGUACAGUGGUGUUUUCAACAUUUGUAUUUGUGAACGUGAUGUUUUGGUGGUGAAGUAGAUUAAUCGUUAUCUGUGAUAUAUAUUUAUAUCUGUGCUAUUCUACGUAAUAAUGAAUUAUAGUUCAUUAAUAUCUUCAGAGCUGAAUAUUGUUUGGGAAAUAUUUUUUUUAUACUGAAAAAUACCGGAUUUUCAUAAAACAUAUAAUAAUACACAUUCUUUAUUGAGGACAUCUUUGCAAAAGAAGUAAAAAUACUGUAGAACUACUCUUCAGUGAACACAGUCAUGAAUUUAUUGCAAAACAACCAUAAUUUACUUGAGACGUUGAAAUCCUGUAGAGCUUUGAAUAUUUCGUCGAUUUUUUUUUAUUGGAAUAUGUAAUUACUUGUCUUUAAAUGUCAUUGUUAUGAUAAAUCAUGUAUACAUAUAUAAUAAUUCCUCCUAUUUAACAGCGUUUAUGUAUAUCGAAGGGUGCUUAAUUGUAAAUAUUUUGUUUGGUUACUUAUUUAUUUCCAGUUUCACAAUUUGAGGACAAUGUUAUUUGAACGACUCAAAAUAAGCAAAGAUGUUAUAGACAUAUUUCUAAUCUAUUCAAACAAACUAGUCAUAUCUUAUUCAGAUACUUUGCUCUUAAUAUCGUUAUCGAACCUAUAAAAAGUUAUAUGCUACUAUACACUUUACUCUUGUUAGCUGUAAACGUCACGCUUCAACAAUUUGUACACGACCCAAAUUGGUAGACGGUCAGAAAAUGGUUCUAAUAGUAUUUUAAAAUUGAAUUUGAGCAUUUUCCUCUGACAGUAUGACAAAAGAGAUAUUCAUCAGCAUUUCCACCGAAUAGUUUUGUUUUCAGGAACAUUUUAGAGUUCACGAUGACUUCAAAGUUAACAUCAGAAAACCAGUGAAAACGAUGUACAUCGACGAAGUUUUGGAGAAUUUUGAAGUGGUUAAUUAUAAGCAUGUUUAAAUGUUGAUUUAUGUUUAUUUAUGUUUAUUUAUAACCGGAUGAUAUGAAAGUCUAUAUAUACAAUUGUAGUUCAGUAUGGUAUUUAUCAAAGCAAUAUAUUUUGUUGCAAUCGGCACAUCAACUAGUAGAAAAAGAAACAAGUGUCAUAGCCUGUGCCAGUGUAUACCGAUUCGGGUACUAAUUAUGGCCGAAAAACGCACGAAACCUCACUGCGAGAUUAGAAACAUUCUCGAAAUGAGAUCUGAAUUUUUGAAUAUAACUUAAAAAUGAAAAAACUGUCAAAAUUGUACCAAUUGUCGUAGCGUGAUGUUCGGAAGAUUAAAUUACUUUAAAUACAUUUUACGUCAUUUUAUGCAUUAUUUGAAAUAUAUUAAAACAUUUUUACACUGUUUUUGGCCGUCUUUUCGAUAGAAGUUUUAGGUGUAAUUGUGAGGUAGCGUAUAUACUUAAAUCGUACUAUAAAUAUAUUCAGAUAUAACGUUUUUAUUUAGUUUUUUGUUGUAUUGGAUCAUUUUGCUAAGUAUGUUUAAAGAACUAUUUAUGAUUUAUAUCAGUAAAUGACAUAUUUUCACUGGUCAAUGAUUUAAGUUUGAUCUUUGAUUUCUCGAUCUUAAUUUUUGAAACGUAUUUUUGAUAUAUAUCGAAAAAUCAAUUCAAGCAUCACAUAAUUUCUUUAUACAGUAAUAAAUAUAUACGCAUAUGACAAGAUUUUAGAGGCAUUAAUUCAAAUGUAAAAAAUGUUGUUUUGUCACAGUGGUUUUGUUUUCUGUAUUUAUAUUCACAGUUGAUUUUCAAUACAUAUAUACAUUGUAUAUACUUUUCGAUACAUUUUCAAACACUUCAGACAUCUUUAUUUGGAGAAAAACUGCAUACAUAACUCAAAAGAUAUACAAUGCGAUUUUAUGUGCUGUGAAAUAAGAUAUUUUGGUUGGGCUCAAAUUUCGUGGUUACCCGACAAAACACUAAUUCGUAGGAGCAUGAAUACGUCGAAUACAAGUACCCACGGAGAAUAGCUUUAUAUCAAACUUGUAACUAAAUCGUGAUGAAGAUAUCACGAAAGCAUCCAAAUUAAAAUCCCACAGAAAUUAGUGAUUUUACAGUAUAGAAAGUCCUUGUAUGUCUUUUGCAGUAUAUGUAGAAGAUAUUAAAACGUUAUCAAAUUACAGUAAUAUACUAAUAGCGGCAGUCAAUUUACUCAUUGUGAUAGUUUUGUAUGUUGUAUCUUAAAGAUAUCAUUGCAUUCCGUCCAUUAUUUUUAUUAGAAUAAUUCUUUAAAUAUUUUUAUGUUUAUUUAUAAGUUGUUAUACACUGUUUUCUGAAUUUAUUCGAAACACAUUAAAUAUUAAUAUAACAUGAUUAUAGUCAACAAACAGUCUCCCUAACAUUUAAUGUUACUGUUGAUUUCACGAAGAGAUAAACAUACAUAUGAAAUUAAACUUCAAAUAUAGAAUUUAUUUUUAAAAAGUGGGGUUUUAAACAUUAUUUUAAAUGAAUGAUAUUGCAUUUUAUAUAUGUCAACAAAAACAAAAUUGAAAGGGGGCAAAUGUCCUUAGGUGAAUCUGCCACCGUAGACGAGGGAAUUGAUGACACAUGAAUUGUAAUAAAAAAAUACAUAUC